AAACGUCAUUUAUUGAGCUCAAAAGUUCAUUGAUACCAGUUAAUAACUUCAGAUACGCCGUUAUUUUAAUUGUAUUCUUUUGUUCUAUUAACCUCUCUCAGAAACUGCUAUAGACGUAAGAAUCAAUGCCGGAAAGCAAUUCUUGACUGGCACUUAUUCUAGUUAUUUCUAUCAUGAAAAAGUUGAAUCAUCCGGAAAUUGCUACGAACUCCAUACCACAUCUGACAUGUUCACCCAUACUCUUUUUCUAUAGUUUUCUUUUAAGUAUCGUUAAAAGUAUUCACAAUGGUAUCGAUUAUAUGACGUGUAUCCUACUAAAUUUUUUAUGUGGAUUGUGCGUUCUAUUUGAAAAGGAAAGAAUCUUUGAACUCACUUUAUUCAUGAAGACAUAUGUGUUUUUCUUCAAACCGGAAACAGUAGAGGUUGUGUUAAGUAGUAGUAAUCUUAUCGAUAAAGCCGGUUUUUAUAACUUUGGUCACCCAUUGGUUGGAACCGGUCUUAUUACCAGCUCUCGUAAGAAGUGGCAAUACAGAAGAAAACUAUUGACCCCGACUUUUCACUUUCGAAUAUUGGAAGAUUUUUUACCUGUAUUUUCUUAUCAUUCGCAUAUUCUUAUCUCACGACUACGUGAACUUGAGAAAGAUUCAUGGAUUGAUGUUGUUCCUUUAAUUAAUUAUUGCACAUUAGAUAUUAUCUGUGAAACUGCUAUGGGGGUGAAAAUCAAUGCCCAAACAGGUGAAGGCAAAGACUAUGUCGAAGCAAUUCAUGAAGCGUCUGCUAUAAUUGUAAGCCGCGUCUUGAGUCCUUGGCUUCAUCCGCAUUUUUUAUUUAGAAUAUCUCCAUCUGGUAGACAAUUUUACAAAAAGGUAGACCUUGUUCAUUCCAUCACAAGAAAAGUUAUAAAACAGAAGAAGUCAGAAAUGAUAGAAAACAAUAAACAAAUUCAAAAAGUGGGUCAGAUUGCCAAUGACGUCACCUUAAAUACAAAACAUCGCAGAGCUUUUCUGGAAUUGCUGCUAGAGCAUCACUUUAAAGAUCCAUCGUUUACGGAAGACGACAUUAGAGAAGAAGUGGAUACUUUUAUGAUAGCUGGUUAUGAUUCAACGGCUAUUGCAAUUUCUUGGGCAUUAUAUUUAGUUGGAUUAUAUAAACACGUACAGGAUAAAAUACAAGAAGAAUUAGAUGAAAUAUUUAAGGGUGAUGAUGAAAGAGAAAUUGAACGUAAUGACUUAUUGCGUAUGAAGUACUUGGAGUGUGUCAUCAAGGAGACUCUUAGAUUAUAUCCUUCAGCGCCUUUUAUAGCUAGAGAAGUUAAAGAAAACUUCAAAGUGUUGAACUACGAAGUGAAGAAGGGGACCGAUUGCUUUAUCUUUCCAUAUAGGUUACAUAGAGAUCCAGAAUCAUUUCCAGAUCCAGAAAAGUUUGACCCAGAAAGAUUUUUUCCAGAAAAUUUAACUGGAAGACAUCCAUAUGCCUAUGUGCCUUUCUCAGCCGGGCCGAGGAACUGUUUAGGACAAAAAUAUGCUAUACUGGAACAAAAAUCUGUGCUUGCACAUAUAUUCCGGAUUUUUGAAGUGACAUCCAGGGAUCCCAGAGACAAAGUUAAUGUUACUGCUAGCUUCCUCUCUCGAAACCUUGAACCAAUCAUGCUACGAUUUACACCUCGAAAUCGAAGAUGAUUUUCUGUAAAGAUUAAAAUAAUUAUAGCUAAACAGUAUUUUUAUACAGCCACAACUUAUCAUCAUGUAGAAUAAAAGGAUGUAAGAUUG